AUGCCCAACGCUACGAGUCAGAGUCAAAUAGCCGGAGCUCCAACUUCGACGUUGUCGCUCGGAAAUAUUUCGAGUUUCACAACCACUGAAACACUCGUAUCGCCCGCAUCAUCAACUCAAUUGGCUCUAGAAUCCCAAACCAAUGACACUGUACUAUCCGCAAUUCCUACAGUGACAACGGCAGUUUAUGGCUCUGUUAUAGACGCAUUCGACGUUGCACUAGCAAUGUAUGUUGCACCCAGCGCUCUCCCCUUACGCGAUUCUGGAACCCUAGCCGUCGACGGGGAGUAUGUCGAGCCCUUCACUGGUUCCCUGGGGGGUACCAAGCUACUAUUUUAUAGAGGUAACUACCUCAAUAUAACCGGCAAAGGUUACUUUCAAGUCCGCUGGGAGGUUGCGUGGUUCAAUACAUACGGCGCACUGAUUCUUCCAACAUGGACUGGCCUCACAGGAAAAUUAUUCUAUGUCGCCUCUGGAGGUGGAAGGAGAAUGGAUGAUGCACAUGAUCCUACGACUAAUCCUAACUCAACUUGGAUGGGGCCCUUAACGAAUAGAACGACGCUGCCAGAGGGAUACCAACAGAUGUGGCAGAACGAGUUUUAUUAUCUGGACGGCAAGGUAUCGUUGACAAACCAUGAGAGUGGGGCGGAUUAUAAUCUUGCAAACAGAACUUGGCAGCAGGUUGUGGACGAUAUUAACCAAAAGCCUGAUAAUUUGACUAUCAAGCGUUACGGUCUUGUGAGGGAUACGGGAGACGAUGAUACCCCCGUUCCACAGUUCACUACCAACUUGGUGACUUUUAAUAUUUCUGAGGUGCCUAUGGACUCUGAUGUUGUCCUUAUCUAG